AUGUAUAACGGAAUUGGUUUACCGACUCCCCGAGGCAGUGGAACUAACGGAUAUGUUCAAAGAAACCUGGCAUUUCUCACUACCUAUAAGGAUAAGAUCAAUUACAAGACGGAUGAGGAGGUAAAGCAUACAGACGCGGUUCCUUUCAAGGAGCCAAACAAGGAGAUUCUCAUGCACGAGAAAAAGCGCAAGAUUGAGGUGAAAUGUCUUGAACUUCAAAUGCAAAUGGAGGAUCAAGGCUACACUGAAGAUGAAAUCCAGUCCAAAGUGUCUGCUCUCCGAAAGGACUUACUCUCAAAAUUGACUGACGAUGUAACACCCAAACGCAUGGAUGAGGUCUUUAAGGCCAAACCGACCAUAAUUCCAGAGGCGAAUAGACUCCUACCAAAGGGCACUCAUGAGACUGCAGCUGUCACCAUCCUCAAGAAUAAUGUCUUCAAGGAUGCAUUGGGAAUUGGUGACGAUUAUGAGGUGGGCACAGCAAUGCAGCGUGCUGAAGAAAGACGUCGUCAGGCUGAGGAAGCUAAGGCUUUGUUUGAAGCUCAACAGAAAUUAAAAACUCUGAAAUCCUCAUCAUCUGAAGAGGAGUCGGAUAGUGAGAGUGAGAAGAAAAAGUCAAGGAAGCACAAAUCAAAGAAGUCCCACAAGAAAUCCCAUCACAAGAAGCACAAGCGCAGUCGGAAGCAUUCCAGUUCGAGUGAGGAGUCGAGUUCCUCUGUCUCUGAGUCUGAGAAGGAUGAAGUCAAGGAGAGGAAAAGAAAGCACCGUAAACAUCAUCAACAUGAUGACAAGAAUUAA